UCGUCGUGUAAAUGCGCAUGAAUUUAGCGUCAAAUAUCGUUACUUGCUUAUUUUAUUAAUUUAUAAUAAAUCGACACACACAUACUCAUAUAUUCGUACAUAUAUAUAAAAUGUAGAGUAAUAUACCUAGACAUAUAUUAUAUUGUAUAAACAUUGUCUUUGUAAAAAAAAAAAAAAAAAAACGUAUCUACAUUGUAUUUGUAUAUUUAAUGAAUCAUUUAUAUAAAAUUUACAACAGUUAAAUAAAAUAAUUAUAAUUACAAUUGAAAUUGCAAUGACAAACUUUAUAUAAAUUUAUUUAAAUACAAUUGUGAUUUAUUUGUGAUUUGUUUACUCUCGACUUAUAUGAGUAGUUGAAUUUUGAACAAUAUAUUAUUUAUUAAUUUUUUUUAAAUAAAAAUAAAAAUAAAUAAUCUGGUGGCUGCAAGAUGAUAAGAGUAUUUAGAUAAAGAAAAAAUAUACAGGAAUAAAUCAAUUUACCACGUCCAUGAGAUCUAAUUUUGGAACAAUCACAGUCACAAUUGUGAAAUAAUUUACAAAAUAAUUAUUUUCUGCAACAAAAUAAUCUGCUUGAUUUAAAACCAGAAGCUAUACGAUGGCUGAUGUAAAUGCUUCUGUUGUUAACGAGGGAGAGAUGAUGGACAUUGCUGAUGUUAAUGAUGCUGGUAAUGAGAUCGAUGAGGAAGAAUCAGAUGGUGUUAUUGUGCCAGAAUUGCAAGGCACAUUGUCUAAAUGGACUAAUUACAUUCACGGAUGGCAAACACGAUUUAUUGUCUUGAAAAACGGCACAUUGUCUUACUACAAAUCCGAACAAGACAGUGGGUUCGGCUGUAGAGGUUCCAUCAGUCUCUACAAGGCCGAUAUCAAGGCUCAUGAAUUCGACGAGUGUCGCUUUGAUGUAUCAGUUAAUGAAAGUUUAGUUUGGUAUCUCCGAGCAAAUUGUCCUGAAGAAAAACAACGUUGGGUAGACGUUUUGAAAUCGUACAAAGCCGAGUCUGGUUAUAGCAGUGAAAAUAGUUUGAAACGACACGGCAGUACGGUAUCACUGGUAUCAAAUACACAAUCAACCGCAAGUGGUGGCAGUUUGAACAAACGUGUGUUAAGAAAUCUGAAAGAAAAACUUGCAGAGCUAGAGACAUUCAAGGAUAUAUUGAGUAAACAAAUAGAUACAUUACAAAAGUAUUUUGACAAUUGCGCUGAAAAUGCAUCAGCACCGUCAUCAUCAGUAUCAAUUGGAACAAGAGUUGAUGACUUCGAUGAUAUUGGAAAAAAUGAUAUUCCAUUCGACCCAGCAUUGCAGUCGGUCGAUUUUAAAGGCGAAGCGAUCACAUUCAAAGCUACCAGUGAAGGUAUACUGAGUACGUUGCAACACUGUGUCGAAUUGAUGGGACAACGCGAAGACGUCUGGCGUCGUCGAUGGGAAAAAGAAAACGAGCGUAGAAAAAAAAUUCAAGAACUUUAUAAAGCUCUGAAGGAUCAGAUUAAUAUUCACCGUGGAGAUCCUACUAGGCCUAGAGUUAUGAUCCACGGAGGUCCUGAUUAUGAAGAAGGCCCACACAGUGCGUUGUGCGAUGAAGAAUUUUAUGAUGCAGUGGAAACUGGAUUAGAUAAAAUAGAUGAAGACAAUCAAUUGAGAGAUCGUUUGAAACGGAAAUCUGUAUCGAUUUCAGUUAAUCCGACUGUCACUCCCGCAGUUAAUCACAAACUAUGGCCAGAGAUCGAGAAAGUGACAAUGGAACAGUUGCACUACGCACGACUGGGAGUUGGUGGCGCAGGUGGUUGGCAAUUGUUCGCUGAAGACGGCGACAUGCGAAUGUACAGGCGAGAGGAAGAAGCUGAUGGACUGGUCGUUGAUCCUUUGAAAGCGUGUCAUGUUGUCAGAGGUGUGACAGCACGCGAAGUCUGUCAAAUAUUUUUCAGUCCCGAGUACAGAAGUGGGUGGGAGACGACCCUCGAGGACAUGACUGUCGUCGAAACAAUUUCCAAUGAUACUUUGGUAUUUCUACAGACGCACAAACGCAUUUGGCCAGCAAGUCAACGUGACGCUUUGUUUUGGUCUCACAUUCGUAGUGUCGCGGAUACUGAAGAUCCAGAUGCUUCUGACCUAUGGAUUGUUUGUAAUCAUAGUACUGAACAUCCUCAGUAUCCACCGAAUGCCAGUAAAUGUGUACGAGUUUAUUUGACUGUUUGUAUUGUAUGUCAAACAUUUGUCGAUCCACCAAAAGAUCCACAAAAUAUAAGCCGUAAUGAUAUUACAUGUAAAAUAACUUAUUGUUCUGUGGUAAAUCCAGGUGGUUGGGCACCAGCUUCUGUACUUCGCGCAGUCUACAAACGUGAGUAUCCCAAGUUUUUAAAACGCUUUACAAGCUUUUGCAUUGAACAAUGUAAAGACAAACCUAUAUUGUUUUAACUAAUUAAAUAUAAAUUAAAAAUAAAAUUGUAAAAGUGGAACAAAAAAAAAAUUUAUAAUAAAAAUAUUUUUUUUUUCUUAAAAAUGUUUAAAUAUUGCAAAGAUAAAUGAAAAAAAAAGCUCUUUUAUCCAUAUUUGCACUGAUGUCUCGUUUACAAGCUCAGUCAAAUUUUUUCACAAGUACAAAUUGUGUACGAUUAAAUAAUAAUGAUAAUUAACAAAAUUUGUCAAGUAAUUAACUAAAGUGAUGGAAUAAUUAAUGUAUAUUUAAAUCAUUUAAUGUCAAUACGUUAAUUGAUUUAUAAAAAAUAUAUAAAAUUAACGAUUGAAGUUAUUAUAUAUAACAAUCACAAUGUUAAUUUAUCGUUAUUCAAAUUUUUAAAUGUCCGAUUGAACUUUUUUUUAUAAGUCGGAUAUUAUAUAUCAUAGUUAGAGUUUUUAAAUAUAUAUAAUAAAUAAAAAAAAUAUAUAUAUGUAUAAUAAGUGGGAAACUCUAAAUAACACAUACACAUUUUACUUAUUCAUUGUUACACUCUGCUGAUUAUAUGCGAAUCUGUAUAACAAUGAUAUAAAAAAAAAAAGAAAAUAGGGUAGAGGUACCAUUUGUGGCCACUGGUCCAUUUUUGGCCAUUUAAUACUUUAUUUUAAUUAAUGAAAAAGAGUAAAAUAAAAUUUCUAUUUUAAUAGUCGGACAAAAGUAUUUCUAAAGACAUUUAGAAAAUUAAUUAUCUUGAGUCUUUUACGAAUUAAUUUACUUAAAUUUUUUAUGUUCAAAACUGGCCCUGUGUCCAAAAACGGUACCUCUACCCUAUAUUGUUAUUUUUAUUUAUACAGAAAAUAAGGAAAGAGAAUUAUGUAUAGUAAUGAAACGAAUGAAACUCAAUAAAGACUGUUGUAGAUUUAUGCAAAGGAUAAUAACUGAUAA